AUGGCUACGUCUUCGUUCCCGUCGUCGUUGUCGUCCGUGUUGGACGAAGUAUCGAACGGGAAUAGAUACAUCACGUGCCAAUACAGAGACAACGCGGCAACCUUCGGAAUGUGGAUGCACGAGAACCCCUUCAAUUAUACAGUUCCGCUCAUUUAUCUCCAGCUUUCAGCCAUCUCAUUAGUUUCUUCCUUGAUCGACGCAUUCCUCCAGCCGCUCGGACAGUCCGUCCUCGUUGCACAAAUCGUUGGAGGAAUACUUCUGGGACCUUCUCUGUUAGGGAGUCCCGCGAUCAUGGGCUCGAGCCUAUUCCCGGCAAGAAGCAAGAUGUUGCUGCAGACUCUAGGAUCGUUGGGGAUUAUGUUCUUCCUCUUCGCCAUAGGCGUGAGAGCCGACACCAAACUGAUGUUGCGGCCGGGGAGACAAGCCGUCGUCAUAGGAAUCUCCUCGACAUUCAUUACGGCAAUAUUCUCACUUCUAGUCGCAAACGCCUUCGUCAAAUACGUUAGCAUGGACGAUUCCCUCGCCGCAGCGCUUCCAUUCAUCGCGGCGCCUCAAUGCCUGUCGGCGUUCUCAAAUAUUUCGUGCCUGCUCAUCGAGCUCAACAUCGUCAGCAGCAAUUUAGGCCGCAUCGCGACAUCGAUAGCGCUCUUUAACGAGAUCCUCAGCAUCAGUCUGCUCAUUAUCGUCUACACUGUCCUCCAAUCAGCCGCCGAUCCGCAGAAAGCGGGAAUGGCGAUCGUGUCCGUGGUGGUGUUCGUCGUGGGUUUGGUGUGCGUCGUCCGCCCGUUCAUCCGCAAGUCAGUGACAAGACUACAGACAGGGAAACCGUUAGCCGAGCAGUAUACGUUCCUCUGUUUCGCUAGUAUUCUUACCAUGGGAUUCAUUACGGAGCUUCUCGGACAGCACUUCACGCUCGGCCCGUUACUCCUCGGCUUCCUCGUGCCGGAUGGCCAGCCUUUGGGCGCGCCGAUCAUCUCAAAACUCGACAUACCGAUCGGGAAGUUUCUGUAUCCGAUAUACCUCACCACCAGCGGCUUGAAAACCAACAUACUCAAGAUCGAUUUCUGGUCUCUAUUUGUCGUGGCGAGUCUCGUCUUCACGUCUUCCUUAAUCAGGGUUGUUGCCGUAGUUCUUGCAGGUCGCUUCGUUAACAUAAGCUUCCACGACUCCCUUGUCAUCGGGCUCAUUCUCAACGCGAAAGGGGUGUUCGAGCUUCUCAUCUACAACCUGUGCCGCGAUGAAGAGAAGAUUACCGAUAAGGGGUUCGCGCUUUGUGUUAUAUCAGUUGUAGCCGUCACAGCAGUUAUAACCCCUUUGAUCCGAUGCCUAUAUGAUCCUUCCAACGAUAGAUGCGUACCUAUCAAUCGAAGGAUGAUCCAGAAUUCCAAGGACGAUUCUGAGCUCCGUAUAUUGGUCUGCAUCGAAAGCCAAGACAAUGUGACAUCAAUAAUUGAUCUACUCGAGGCUUCCAACGCCACAGAAGUCUCGCCAAUCGCUGUCGUAGCACUCGUGCUGGAGGAGCUAGGAGACCGAGCGACGAGGAUGCUCGUUGCUCAUCAAUCGACGCGGGAAGUGCAGCCGGGAAAAUCCAAAUCCGGUCAUUUAAUCAACGCGCUGCACCAGUACGUCCUCCGGCAGGAAGCGUGCACCACUAUCCAGUCGUUCAGCGCCAUGGCGCACCUGGAGAGCGUCCACGAGGACGUCUGUCGGCUGGCGUUGGACCAGAACGCGACGAUCAUCAUCCUGCCAUUCCACAAGCGCUGGGAAAUCGACGGCAGCGUCGGGGGAACGAACAAGGCUGCACAAAACAUGAAUGUCAAAGUCUUGGACAAGGCCCCGUGCUCGGUUGGAAUUCUUGUCGACCGAGGGAUCCUCAACGGAUGGCUCUCCAUUUUCAGCAACCAGUCCACUUACCGCGUGGCUGUCAUCUUCAUCAGCGGUCCUGAUGAUGCGGAGUCGCUCUGGUAUGCAGCUCGAAUGGCGGGGCGCAAGAAUGUCAUGCUAACCAUCUUCCGGUUCCUCCUCUACGGCCACGACUCUGCAAGAGAAAGGAAGCAAGACAACACGACAAUCGAUCAAGUGUGCGAGGCCAACAAGGAAAACUCGAACAUAACAUACCAAGAGCAGGUGGUGAAGGAUGGGGUAGGCCUGGCAGCAUCCCUGAGAACUUUGAACAACAUGUUUGAUUUGGUGAUAGUAGGGAAGAAUCACCCAGCUUCUGAGAUACUAACCAGGUUGAUGCCGUGGAGCGAGUGUCCGGAAUUAGGUAUCGUCGGAGACAUACUGUCGUCGCCGGACAUGGCGAUUACUGCGUCGGUCCUGGUGGUGCAGCAGCAGAGACUGUUGGAGGACAAAGUGAGGGAUAGGAUGAUGAGACCUGUGGUGAUUGAUCUUGAUCUUGAUUUUGAGGAGGAUUAG